AUGAAUAGAGCAAGAUUUUUAGUGCAUUUGGCGACUAGGAAAGGCGAUGAAGAUGUUGACUCAUGUCUUCCUGCGAGGAAAAAAAGACUUGAAAGGUUUGCAGUUCCCCUUCAGGAUCUCAUACAUGAAUUGCCAGAUCAACCAUCGUCAGAAAAAGUUAAUAAUUAUUUGCAGAACCUACAAAUUAUGCCCGAUUUAACAGAUAAAAACAAAGAAAAUAUUUUGAAUACCUGCAAUACAGAAAACAAAAUUAUCGUGCAUAAUGUUAUUAAUCUAGAUAAUACCGUUUCAAAAAAUUAUCAGACUGAAUUGGGUUAUUCAUAUACAAAUUGCCAAAACGUCAGUGAAGAUUUAAAGAUUCAGGACAAUGAAUCUCCUUUAAUAAUCUCAAAAAGCCCUUCAGAAUUUGAAACCAGUGGCAAAAAUCAAAUAGCAAGCUUGGAUAAAUCACCUGCUACAACUGCUGUCAAAAAGGUUGUGCCUUCUGAAGAAUAUUCAGAAAGUUACUUUGGGCAACCUUCAUUAGAGACAGUUUAUCAUUGUAUGCAAAACAUGCAAAUUAUUCCAGAUUUAACUGAAAAGAGUAAUAAUGCGGUUGAUCCAUACGAAUUUACUGGUUUAGAUAAUGUCUUAGCUACUUGUAAUAUGCCUGAAAAAAGUCUCAUACAUAGUGAUAUUAAUACUGCUCCAAAUAAAUAUGGUUUUGUAUUGAAUGAUUUAUCCAUGAAUGACCCAAAAAACAGUGAACAUUAUAAGAAGCAAGACAAUUUGUCUCCUUCAGUGACUUAUAAAAGUUCUGAAGAAUACUCCGAAAAUAACCUGGAUUGUAAUAGUGAUGAUGAUGAUUAUGUACCAGAUACUGAAUCGGAAACUUCAGAAGUUACGCAUUUUUUCUCGAGUGAAGAGUCGGAAGCUAGUCUUCCAAUACCUCUAACUGAAAAACCAUGUACAUAUUCUGUAAUUGAAAAAUCUUCUUCAAGACCUACUGAACAAAUAUCAACGCGGGUUUCUAAUUCAGUGAAACAUUCCUUUUAUACCGGUAUAAAAACCAAUUUGAAUACAGACAAAAAUUUGUGUCCAGUCUGUUUUGAAGAAGUGGGACAUUUUUCGCGACAUUUAAUUAGGAAGCAUUCCGAGGAUGAAACAGUUAAAAAGAUCCUUAAAAUGCCUAUGAAAAGUAAAGAGAGGAGAGAUGCAAUCUUAGCACUAAGAAAAAAAGGAAAUUUUGUGUUGAACCAGGAACAAAAAAUAUUGAAACCUGUUAGAAAACCCACAACAAAUAAUGAUAACGACUAUUUCCCAUGCGUAGACUGCUUAGAUGUUAAAAAUGGAGAUUCUAAAGUAAGACAUCUUACUCAGGCACAAACAUUUCUCGCUUCCACUGGUUUACUUGGGAACUAUUUAAAUAAAAGUCGCCUGAAGAAGAAUGUUUUCAGUGUUAUGCGACCUGAUGAGAUAAGUUUUGCCGCCAAAAAUGACCCAUUAAUAUGCCUCUUUGGAGAAUCAUAUUUAAACAAACACAAACGUAAACAAAUGAAUGUCGUUGUGUCUAACAAAAUGCGGGAGCUGGCGAGGCUACAACUUGCUUUGAAGAAGUCUACGACCAUUAAUGGCCUAAUGGAAGUACUUAAACCUGAAAUGUACAAUCAUAUUAUAACGGCUGCCAAAAUAAUAAGUGGAUAUAAUUCAAACACUCAGACAUUUAAAGCAAGCUCCUUAGCACUUCAUUUAGGAACAAGUUUAAAGUUUCUUUGUGACAUCGGUAGAAAAGCUUUAGUGACAAAAGAUCCCUUAUUUGAACAUUCUGAUGUGGAUAAAAAACAAAAAGAAAUUUCAGACCUGAAAGAUAUGAUUCACAGUCACUGGUGCAAUGACUUAUCUAGUUUGGCCAACAAAGUUUUGAAUGAAAACAAAGUUGACAAACCAAAAAUUUUACCACUAACCGAGGAUGUUCAAGCCUUUAAUAAGUACGUGACAAAUUUGGCAGACAAGGCGUAUGAAAAAAUAAAAGCUGGUAAAGACGUUGUGGCUAAUUAUAAACUUCUUGCCGAAUGUACCUUGUCGAUCGUCUUGGUUUUUAAUCGCAAACGAAUCGGCGAAGUUCAAUUCCUAGAUAUUCAAAGUUACGAAAGAAAUUUUUCGGCAAAAAAUCAAAAAGAAUGUUUGAACUCCCUAACAGAACUCGAAAAAAGCAUGAGCGCCACUUUCAAGCGUGUAGUGGUCUUUGGAAAGGGGAGCAAGCCGGUGCCCAUUUUGUUUACAAAGAGGAUGCAACAAUUUGUUGAUAUCUUAUUAAAAAUUAGAAGGGAAAAUGAUAUAGUUCCUGAUUCGAACAAAUAUGUCUUUGCUAACCCAGGAUCGGUUGAUAGAUGGAUGAGCGGGUCAUCUGCAUUAAGGAAGUUAGCAUUUAAAUGUGGAGCAAAAAAACCGGAACUUUUAACUAGCACCAGGUUUAGGAAGCAAAUUGCCACCAUUUUACAGCUCAUGUGCUUUGAAAAAACUGAAAUGGAACAAAUUGCAAAAUUUAUGGGACACACGGAAAAAACCCAUACCGAAUUUUAUCGGCUCACCGAGGACGUGUUUCAAACAGCUAAGGUAGCGAAGGUGUUAUUAUUAUUAAAUGCAGGAAAAGGAACUGAAUUUAAGGGUAAAAGUUUGUCUGAAAUUCAAGUUGACGGUGAUUUAAUUGAUGACGACGAAACUGAAAGCGAAAUAAAAAAUAUGAAAACGACUACAGAAAUGGAAAUGGCUACGGAAAUAAAAGAUGACGACACGGCUAUGUCUGCGGAUACACAAAGUGACAAUGAUGAAGAAUCUUUGGACGUAAUAACAAUGAAAUUAAACCCAAGCAGUCCUUCCCCAGUUAAAAAAAAAACUUAUAAACGUAUUGCUGAUUCAAAUCCUCAGCCACGCUGCUCCAACAUCAAAAUGGCAAAUCGUAUUCGUUGGGAUCCAAAAGGGAAGAAAAUCGUUUUAGAUUUCUUUAAAAAGCACCUUAAAACCAGGACUGUUCCCAAGAAAGAGGAAUGUCUUACUUUAAUAAAACAGCAUCCAAAUUUAUUUAAAGAAAGCGAUUGGGUUCGACAUGGAGAAGAAAGCAACUUAGGAGAUGACGUCGCGACGUCGAAGAAGGCUGUGCAAGUGAGGCGCCGCGUUAGAGACGCGCGCUGUCUGGGCGGGCGGGAACGAAUGGCGGCGUCGUGA